UUUUACUUUACACAUUUCACAAUUCACAUCGUUAAUAUCGUCUUCUCUGACUCACUUCUCCCUACUUCUUAACUACUUCACCUUCCUCUUCUCACUCUCUCUUCCAAUCUGCAACUGCAACUGCAACUUCAACUACUUCUCUGCUCAAAUUAGACAGUUCAUUUUCAUUUCGGGAGAUCUCUAUAUUUGUAUUCGUGCAUUGCGAUUUUCACUUGGGUGCUUUUUCAGGGAUUUGAUCACUUAAUAUGGAUGCUUUUUUGGUUUGCAAAUCUGUUACUGCGCCAUCUACUACACCUGGCUUAUGGAUGAGCCAGAGCAAGGGAAACAGGAGAGGUCCCUCUAGCUUGGUAGUAGGGAGCCGGAUUAAUUUUCCUGGGCAGGCAGCUCAGGUACUACGGAUAAACCGUAAAACUAGAAAGUGUGGCGGAGCUCUUGCUGCAACUUGUCAAAGUGAUAAAAUUUUGGUAGCAAACAGAGGUGAGAUUGCGGUCCGUGUGAUUAGAACUGCUCAUGAGAUGGGCAUCCCAUGUGUUGCAGUCUACUCAACCAUAGACAAGGAUGCUCUCCAUGUGAAAAUUGCUGAUGAAUCGGUUUGCAUCGGUGAAGCUCCGAGUAAUCAAUCAUACUUGGUGAUCCAAAAUGUUCUAUCAGCUGCUGUAAGCCGUAGAUGCAGUAUGCUGCAUCCUGGAUAUGGUUUUCUUGCUGAGAAUGCUGUUUUUGUUGAGAUGUGUAGAGAACAUGGAAUAAAUUUUAUUGGACCAAAUCCAGACAGCAUCCGCAUCAUGGGUGACAAGGCUACUGCUAGAGAGACCAUGAAGAAGGCUGGUGUUCCAACUGUUCCUGGAAGUGAUGGAUUGUUACAGAGCACAGAUGAAGCCAUCAAGCUUGCUCAUGAAAUUGGUUUCCCUGUUAUGAUUAAGGCAACUGCAGGGGGUGGAGGCCGCGGGAUGCGUCUUGCGAAAGAGCCAGAUGAAUUCGUGAAGUUGCUGCAGCAAGCUAAGAGUGAGGCUGCAGCUGCUUUUGGAAAUGAUGGAGUUUAUUUGGAGAAGUACGUACAAAAUCCAAGGCAUAUUGAAUUUCAGGUUCUUGCAGAUAAGUAUGGGAAUGUUAUUCACUUUGGAGAGCGUGAUUGCAGUAUUCAGAGAAGGAACCAGAAGCUGCUUGAAGAAGCACCUUCUCCUGCAUUGACUCCAGAGUUGAGGAAAGCCAUGGGUGAUGCUGCUGUAGCUGCAGCAGCAUCUAUAGGUUACAUUGGUGUAGGAACAGUGGAGUUUCUUUUAGAUGAAAGAGGUUCUUUCUACUUCAUGGAGAUGAACACUAGGAUCCAGGUUGAGCAUCCAGUUACAGAAAUGAUAUCCUCAGUUGAUUUGAUUGAGGAACAAAUUCGUGUGGCUAUGGGAGAGAAACUCCGGUACAAACAGGAAGAUAUAGUGCUUAAAGGACAUUCAAUUGAAUGCCGGAUCAACGCAGAAGAUGCAUUCAAAGGAUUCCGUCCUGGGCCCGGAAAAAUUACUAGUUACUUGCCUGCUGGAGGACCAUUUGUGAGGAUGGAUAGCCAUGUUUAUCCUGGCUAUGUUGUUCCACCGAGUUAUGACUCUCUACUUGGCAAGCUGAUUGUUUGGGCUCCAACUCGAGAGAAAGCCAUUGCUCGUAUGAAGAGGGCUCUUGAUGAUACAAUUAUUACAGGGGUCCCCACAACUAUUGAAUACCAUAAACUUAUUCUUGAUAUUGAGGACUUCAAAAAUGGGAAUGUAGAUACUGCUUUCAUUCCCAAGCAUGAACAAGAGUUGGCAGAGCCCCAAAAGAUCGUUCGCGCAACUAUUGGCAAAGAACUCAUCGGUGCAACUUCAUAGAUUCUGCUUAAUUUGGCACUCUGUCUCUGUACCUACAUCUACAGAAUUACCCUCUUUUAUCUAGAUGAAUUAUUUCAUUCUUAGGAAUGCAACCAAGAGGAGGAAGCAAAAUCAGCUGGAAGAAAUUGCGCAUUCAAUCUCCCGAUUUAGUACCCCCAAGAAGACAAAGGAUUGUUUUCAAUAGAUAGGUCCUAAAAUUUGUCUUGUUAAGAAAACUGUCACAUUACUAAAUACUAAUCACUGGUUUUGUUUUUUUAUAUAUAUUUUGGGUGAGAAUGAUUACGGUGGAAAAAAAAAAAAGAGAAAGGACUUCAACUGCUAAAAUGAUUGGAAAUUGGAACAAAAAAUGAAAUAAGAGUAAUUUCAGAUUAGCUGAGGA